AGCUGGCUCAGUGACGUCUGCGUCCCCUCCGCUGCCAGUGGCCCCUUGCCAUAAGUAUUCAUGCCGGGCAAGAUGGCGGCGAUACGGAAUCGGUGUUAUUGCCAGUGGGCAUAAAAAAGACAUUUUAUUUAAAAUAGAACAGCGAGUCAUAUCCAGUUAUACACUUGAACGCAUCGUGAGUGUGUAUGCCACGUAACCAGCGUCGACGUCUUUUUUAAUUUUACGCGUUUGAACGUUUUUCUUACAAAAUGUUCUCGUUGUAAGUCGCUCGCUAACCGACCAGCUGGCUAACAGAGAGCAGUUACUAGCUAGCUAUCCACCACAGCCAAGCCGCCGUGAAGUGUAGGAUGGGAGAAAAGCUGGAGCUCAAGCUCAAAUCGCCGGUUGGAGCAGAACCCGCUGGGUAUCCAUGGCCGUUACCAGUAUAUGAUAAACACCAUGAUGCUGCUCAUGAAAUCAUCGAGACCAUUCGGUGGGUGUGUGAGGAAAUCCCAGACCUCAAACUGGCAAUGGAAAAUUAUGUACUCAUUGACUAUGACACCAAGAGCUUUGAGAGCAUGCAGAGACUUUGUGACAAGUACAACAGGGCCAUUGACAGCAUUCAUCAGCUGUGGAAAGGGACAACCCAGCCCAUGAAGCUAAACAAGCGUCCUUCCAAUGGGCUGCUGAGACAUAUCUUACAGCAGGUGUAUAACCACUCAGUGACCGACCCAGAGAAGCUCAACAACUAUGAACCCUUCUCCCCCGAGGUGUACGGAGAGACCUCUUUCGACCUGGUGGCCCAGAUUAUUGAUGAAAUGGAAAUGAUGGAAGAAGACACCUUUGUUGACCUUGGCAGUGGAGUAGGGCAGGUGGUGCUGCAGGUUGCAGCAGCAACCAACUGUAAACACUACUACGGUGUAGAGAAAGCAGACAUUCCAGCUACCUAUGCAGAGACCAUGGAUAAAGAGUUUAAAAAAUGGAUGAAAUGGUAUGGGAAGAAACACGGGGAGUACACACUGGAAAGAGGUGAUUUUCUGUCUGAAGAAUGGAAAGAAAGAAUCGCCAACACAAGUAUUAUUUUUGUGAAUAACUUUGCCUUUGGUCCAGAGGUAGAUCACCAGCUGAAGGAGCGCUUUGCUAACAUGAAGGAAGGAGGGAAAAUUGUAUCCUCCAAACCCUUUGCACCUUUAAACUUCAGAAUCAACAGUCGAAACUUGAGUGAUAUUGGCACAAUUAUGCGUGUGGUGGAGCUUUCUCCACUCAGAGGCUCUGUUUCCUGGACUGGAAAGCCAGUUUCCUACUACCUGCAUACCAUAGACCGCACCAUACUUGAAAACUACUUUGCUAGUCUCAAAAAUCCUAAACUCAGGGAGGAGCAAGAGGCAGCUAGAAGACGUCAGCAGAAGGACACGAAGGACAGUAAAAGCAAUAGUACCACGCCUACAAAACCCAAGGAACCAAACAAGGACUCCUGUGGUGAAGAGGAGCGUCCUAGCUUGGUGACUGUGGUCAAGCCCUCCGCUAAACCGAGAAGAACGCGACUCCUGGCCAAAGGUCGCAAGCUGAACAAUAAGAAACGUGGUCGACCCAAGAAAGCUACUCCAGCUGCUGAGAAGAAAAAUAAGAAGAAUCAGAGUGCGUUGGAUUUGCUGCAUGCCAAGACCCUUUCUGCAGCACCCCCUCAGGAUGCAUACCGACCACCUCAGAGUCCCUUCUACCAGCUACCUCCCAAGGUCCAGCACUAUACCCCUAGUCAACUUCUGCUGAGCCCAACUCCCCCUGGUUUGGAAAAACUGCUAGACAAUAUCAAAAUUCAGUACCUCCAGUUUAUGGCCUACAUGAAGACUCCUCAGUACCGCUCCAACCUGCAACAACUUUUAGACCAAGAGAAGCAAAAACACAGGGACCUAUCAGGGCAGGCGGAGCAGCUCCAUUUGGUCUGUCAGUCUCACAAGGAGAAGAUCAAAGGUCUCUUUCAGACUAAACUGGAUGAGCUGGGAGUAAAAGCCCUGACUGUGGAGGACCUCCUUCAGGCCCAGAAGGAGAUAUCAGCCCAUAACCUUCAGCUGAAGGAGCAAACCAAGCAGCUUGAGAGAGAUAUGGCUUUGCUGAGAGACCACAGCUUGCUGCUGCUGAAGUCUCGAUGUGAGGAGUUGAAGCUGGACUGGGGCUCUUUGUGUCUGGAGAGUUUGUUGAAAGAGAAGCAGGCCCUGCGCAAACAGAUCUCCGAGAAGCAGAGACAUUGCUUGGAGUUGCAGAUAAGCAUUGUGGAGCUGGAGAAAAGUCAAAGGCAGCAGGAGCUACUUCAGCUGAAAUCCUACAGCCCUGGCGAAAGUUCCCCGUAUAGAAAAAACCUGGAAUCUCGCGCUUCCACAGACGUGGACUCUUCUAAGCUCAGCCUGUCUACAGCCCCAGUUCUCAACGGUGUUAGCCCAGAGUUUACUAUCAACGGCACCAGCUCACCUUGUUUUGACCGGGUUAACUCCAAGGGUGAGCUUCUUUCUCGGUACCUGCCCAUAUCCCCGGACCAUGAAUUAGUGGCUGCCACCCCUGAUGCCCGACAGAGGCAGCAAAGCUUCUCUCAUGCUCUUCCUGACUACACACGCUUCUCCCCUGCCAAGAUUGCCUUGCGUAGGCACCUUAACCAGGAUCCUACUGCCUCUGCUCACUUAAGAGGUCCAGGGCUGACCACACAUAGGGAUCUGGGUGGUGUUAAUUCUCCACUUGGAGCCAAACAGAACUGCCCCUCUCCCAACGGAUGUGAUGCUCAGAAUAACCUCAAAAGCUCAGAGAGGGGCAUUAAAGAGAGGAGUCCAUCUGUUCAGGGAGACAACAGCAUUACAAGCCUUCCUAUUAGUAUCCCACUGAGCACUGUUCACCCAAGUAAAUUACCAGUUAGCAUCCCACUGGCCAGUGUGGUGCUACCCAGUCGUGCUGAGAGACUGAGAAGUACUCCGAGUCCUGUGUCACAGACCGGUCAGACCAAUGGAUAUUCAUCCAUCUCCAGCAUGAUGAAUGGAGGUCUGCACCCCGAGGACCACAAUGGCACUUCUUCACCUCCUCCACACAGCAACACUUUAACAAUGGGCCGAGGCGGUCCGAUCCAGAGCCCCCCUCUCAGCACUGGCGGGGUGCUCCAGUAUGCCGACGGACCCCCGAGGAUUGUUCCAGAAGAUGGACCGGAGGGCCAAGGAGGUGAAUCGGACGCAGAAGCCCAGGAGAGUGAACUGCGAAGGAGGAUCUUUUUCUCCUCCUCUUCUUCUUCAUCCUCAUCUUCCUCUUCGUCAGGCAGCGGGGGCAGCGCAGCCGGAGGAUCUCGCCUCCACCACCACACCGGCAACCCGGCCAAGCAGGGAUACCACAGUAACCAUGGAAACCACCACCACCAAUCGCCCAGCACGCAGCACGCUCACACACCCACACAUACGUCGUCAUCGCACUCCUCUCACAGCCUCUGCUCUCAAGAGGGACGCAAGCGGGGGAGACGGAAACGUGGCAACCCAGGGCCUGUUAUGGCCAGUGGAUCCCCAAAGAGAAGAUCAUUCCCUGGGCUCAGCUCCAGCAACCACUCCUCAGGAUCGCCACUCAAUAUCAACUCCAUGGUGAACAACAUCAACCAACCUCUGGAGAUCUCUGCCAUCUCCUCUCCAGAGCAAUCAAGCCGCAGCCCCGUUGGGCCUGACCUAGACCAACCUCCCAUCUUGAAGAGAGAGCGCCCCCUGGAGAUGAACGGCACGGGUCGAUAUUCCACAGCACCCAGCUCCGACGAUGAGGACUCGGGUUAUCCUGUUGACAGCUCCAGUUCUCGAAUUGAAAGAAAAAUAGCCACUAUAUCGUUGGAGAGCAGAGAUGGAUCUGGUAGACUCGGAGAUGGUGAACGAGGGAGAAAAUCAGGAAGCAGCAGUGGUAACAGCACCGGCAGUGAAGCCUCCUCAUCGUCAUCUUUGUCCUCUACCAGCAAAUGGAAAUCCACCUUUUCACCCAUUUCUGAUCCCAAACAACCCAACUCUGACCUGAGACAGGGGGGCUCUCCGUUUGGCAUCGGGGGUUCGGGUCGGGGCACAGACUCAGAUUCUGACCACAAACAGCAGCAGGUGAGGAAAGGGAGUGAUGGAGAGUCCAGCUACAGCAAUCCAAACCCUUUCCUCAGUCAGGAGGCAAGUACCAGGGGUGGAAGCAGCAGUGCUGGUGGUGCUCAAGGAGGAAGUAGUUCAGACCAGCGCCAGACCCUCCAGAAGCAGAAGGCCUCCCGUGACUGGGAGCUGAAGAACAGCGGCAAUCUGGCCAGUCAGAACCUCUUCAUUUCUGCUGCCGCCAGCAGUGGAGGAGGCAUUCUUAGUGGGAAAGUGGGAGGCAGUCCUGUAGCUGUUUCCUCGAGCACUGGGUCAUCUGUGGGGCAAUACCUGGGGGCCCAGUUCCCACUUGGAGGAACCUCAGUCUUGCAAUCUUUGUUUGGGGCCCAGACUGGCGGAUCCACGGUGACUGGGACCCCUCGGCUUGUCAACGGACACUCUGCCCUAGGAAGCUUCUCCAGUGCUGGGUUGGCAGGGGGAGCAGCUGGAGGUAUAUUUCACCACGUGGUUCCCUCAGUGUCCUCCCAUCAGUUUGGGGCAACGCUCCCCACCUCAGGAGGCCUCAACUCUCUGCUCAGUCUCCCCUCCUCUUCUUCCUCUACCUCCUCCCAAACCCAGCAACACACCACUCCCCAGCCAGCCUCCACGCGCCUGGCGCCCGUGUCCUCGCCUAUGCCCCUCUCGUUAUCCCAGGCCCAGCACAGCCGCACGCAGUCAGUCCUGCAUAGCCCCUCUCCUCCCACGCUCUCCCUGCCCCCUCCUCCACCCCUGCAUAGCGUCCCCUCCUUGUCGACAUCCACGCACUCUGACUCCCCAGCAUCUUCUCGAUCAGACUCCCUCCACUCCUCGCGUCUGUCCCUCUCCUCUCUCCACCAUCAGAGAGCACAAUCAUCCCUCUCCAUCUCAUCCUCUACCUCUGCUGCUUCUGUCUCUGCUGCUGCAUCCCUUUCCUCUUCCUCUCUCUCAGCCUCCUCUGCCUCCUCCUCUCGUCCAUUUGCAGUGCACUACUCCCCCCGUCUGCCCCCUCCGCCACCGACCAGCAGUUCUGGUGGUGCUGGGAGCAUGUGGAGGACUCAGAGCAUGCAUGGUACCUACACCACCUCCCAGCUCCCCAGCUCCCGACCUAGAUAGGGUUUGGGGCUGAGGGGAAGGGCGAGGAGAGGGGAAGGGCGGAGAACAAUCUGAGGGUGGAUAGAGGGUGAGCGAGAGAGGCUGGUAGGGAGUGAGAGAGACAGGAUGCCUGUUUUCCAUGUGCUUCUGCAAGCUGUUUGUCUGACUGAACAAGGUAAUUGAUGAAAACUACCUCAACAUUAAAUAAACUAUGCAAAUGUCCAGGUGUGGACCAAGGCACUCUCCUCAUUCACUGGUGCUUCAAACUCUGCACUACCCAAUCGCCUCCAAGACCGGCUUCUGUACUGGGAUCUUUGUCUCUCUCUCACACACACACACAC